GCACAAUCGUCCUAUCGAACCAACUUUGGGUUGAAAUUAAAAAUUUGUUCUCCAAAAUGUAAUUGUUGUCUUAGCCUUAGUUGGAAUCAUUAGUUUGUAGUGCCCUUGUCUUUGAAUCUCGUGUCGUGAAAUGCUGUAGAAUCAACCCCGGCAUCUUCCUCCAGCAGCUAUGAGUAGUACAGUAGCUGCAACAGCUGGAACGACCACGACAACAGCAGUGGGUGCUGGCAAAGCGAAAAGCGAUAUUCCAGCUCCAAAUAAACGGACCUACACAAUCAGUCACAAAUGCCACGAUGUGCGCUUCGAGGUGGACGAUCGCUACCAGUUGCUGGAAGGAAUCGGGACCGGUGCCUAUGGGGUUGUGUGCUCGGCCAUAGACUCACGUACCGAUAGCAAGGUAGCCAUCAAAAAGAUCCCCAAAGUAUUCGAGGUAGCCAUGACUGCCAAACGAACGUAUCGAGAAAUUCGCAUUCUGCGCCACCUGAAGCAUGACAAUAUCAUCGGUAUUCGCGAUAUUAUGAGACCAGCCGCCCAGGAGGCGAGUACCUUCGAGGAUGUAUAUGUGGUUCUGGACCUAAUGGAGAGUGACCUGCAUCACAUUAUCUACAGCGACCAGGAACUGACGGAGGAACAUGUGCGGUAUUUUCUCUAUCAAGUACUGAGGGGUCUGAAGUUUAUCCAUUCGGCGAACGUCAUACAUCGAGAUCUCAAGCCUUCCAACUUGCUUGUCAAUCAAAACUGCGAGUUGAAAAUUGGUGAUUUUGGUAUGGCACGAGGAAUGGCAUCGACUCCUGAAGAGCGGACGAACUUCAUGACCGAGUAUGUGGCAACGCGCUGGUACCGUGCACCGGAGUUGAUGCUGGGCUUCUGCGAAUACACAGCAGCCAUCGAUGUCUGGUCAGUUGGUUGUAUAUUCGGCGAGAUGCUCAACCGCAAGCAGCUGUUCCCAGGAAACAACUUUGUCCAUCAGCUGCAGCUGAUUCUUAGUGUUCUUGGAACCCCUACUGAAGAGGUAAUCGAGAAGGUGCCGCAGGAGCGAGUCCAAACCUACCUUUCUCGACUACCAAAGAAAGAAGCCGUUGAACUGUCGACGAUGUUCCCAAAGGCCAGCGAGGAAGGUGUGGGGCUUUUGUGCAAAAUGCUAAUGUUUCACCCAACAGAGCGUUUCUCCGUCAAUGAUGCCCUCUCUCACAGCUAUUUGGAACGAUAUCAUUUGUCUGAGGACGAGCCAACUUGUGACACACCGCUCGAUUUUAGUUUCGAUGACCCAGAUUUCAACGUGGACAAGCUGCGGAAAAACAUUACUGAGGAAAUGGAUGCUUAUCAUCAGGAGGAGGAUCGCCAUCAGCAAGUAGUCCAGAGCCUGUUCAAAGUAUUGAAAGACAGAAUAGCGAAUAGGCAAGCCGGUGAAGGGGACGGGAAAGCAUCACAGUCCACAUCCCAAUCGACAUCUGCUGGAGGAGCUGGCUCGUCCAGUGCAACUGCUAAUGCCAGUGGAGGGGGUGCAACCACUGCAGCAGAUGAUGCUGCCUUGAGACGUCAGCAGAAAAUAGAAGAGAACAAGCGGCGUAAAAGGAUUCGUGCCAAGGAGCGACGUGAUAGGAUCAAGGCAGAGAAGCAGCUGAUGGAGGAGAUUCGCCGACAGGAACUGGAUAGCAAAAGCCAGAUAACCAGGUGGAAGCUGAUGCAACAGGCAAAGCAGGAGUCAGCAUCCAGCUCUGAAUGUGUGACAACAAUGACAACAAGCAGCUGCGAUGGAACAAGCUCUGUCAUGAGCACUGCAGAUACUGCUGCUGCUGCUGCUACUUCAGAUGUUAGUGCAACAGUCAGUUCUGUCAGUACAGCCGUGGUUGCUACUACUUCGACGGUGGCUGGAGUAACGGUGGCUUCCUCUACUACUGAUAGUACGAGUCCUGGUACUUCUGCUGGACAGGCAAGUGGUACAACCAACUCCGGAAUUGUCAAAACAGAUGGCAUUGCAUCAAACGGCACGAAAACACAGACUGUGCAACCAUUGAGCACCACCACCACCACCACAGCUGCUGCUGGUGCUGCUGCUGGUGCUGCUGCUGCUGCUGCCCAUUCUACAACAGUAGUAUCCUUACCAACAACUAGUACUGCAUCAUCAGGUAGAAAGCCAAGUACAAGUGCUUCUACAGACCAAGCAGCCAUCCUCAAAUUGAUCCUAAGGACCAGCAGUGGUCGGCGCAAUAACGAGUCCUGCGCACCAGCCACAUCGAACAAAAACACCACUUCUGCCGUGGAUGUGCCACCAGUUGGCUCAAUCCAGCCUUCGUACUCUGCAGCAGCAAUGGCACAACCUCUGUCUGAUACACCGGGCCAGUUCCUUGCUGCUGCAGCAGCCACAGCAGCAGCAGGUCCAGGACAGAAUUCCCUGUUGCCAAACACGCUGAAUGCCAGCAGAAAUGGACGUCCAUUAUCGCAUGACAGUGGAACAGGCAAGGAUUCCGGCAAUGUCAUUAUCAUACCGCCGACUGUAAUGCACAACCCAAGACUUCAGAAACCAUUCACUUAUGAUUCUGUGCAAACCCAUCCAAUGAUGCCACCUCAGCUGCAGCAGCUACAGCACCAGCAACAGCAGCUACAGCAGCAACAACAACAGCUACAGCAACAUCAACAGCUACAACAACAACAGCAGCAGCAGCAUCAACAGCUACAGCAACAGCAGCAACAGCAACUACAGCAACAGCUUCCACCGUCGUCGUCGGAUGAACCAUUCUUAUUAACGGGUUACAACAUUCUGCCCAACAAUGCCUCACUGGCAACCAAGGUAUGGAACAAUGCCUCGCUGGCAACCAAGCAAGUCACAAAGCCUCCACAAUGCUACAAUCCCUUGGCGGUUCUAGCUGGGCAGCCCAAUGUGCCGAUUGCAGCGGGAAAGCGAUCACACAGUGACUCAUCCUUGGGAGAUGACCAGCAGAUUUCCACAGGACAUGGUGGCAACGUACAACAGACUGUAAUGCCAGAUGCCAAGCAACCUUUCAGAAGUGGCUUUGCGGGUCUUCCAGGGCAAGCAACGGGCGUUACAGGUGCGGGUCCAGUGGCCUCGGCCAGCAACUCUCAAUCUGGCCUGGCUGAACUGCAAGCAUCGUGGCAGGCUAGUCGUCUGUCUUCGCAGGACAUGUUUCAGCCACGUCCACCGGGUGCUGCAAUUAUGCCAUCAUCCAGUUCAGAUGCACUGUUUGCAGGUAACGCCGCGGUGUCAUCACUCUCAUCAGUAACUCUCCCAUCGCAUAUGUCCACCUUCUCUGGCGGUAUUGCUGUUGGAGGAACAGCUGCUAGCGUGCAGAGCAACACUUCACUACCGCCGAUCCAGGACCCAACUGCCCUGUCGUGGCGGCCCAGCCUCAACAUGUCGGCUGAUGAGAACAGUCUCGUAGCUGCUGCAGAACGGGUUCCCCUAACGCCGUCACUCAUUCAGCUCUACAAGACCAUUGUGGAGGACACAUCAACACCCAGUGAUGACGAAGAUGACGAUGAAGACACAACAAAGUUGACAAUCGCCACUCCGCAUGGUUCAUCUCUAUGCAGUGGAUACGGCGUUGGUGCUAUCAAUAUCGAAGACAUGAUCCAGCAGGUACCUGCAAUGCCACUCACGCAUCAAUCCUUGAGACAAGUAGCUGACUUGCAGGCUACGAAUAGCAAUACAGCGGCACCACUGCAGCACACAACGCCUCUGUCUCAUCCUCCAAACCCGGCAGCAGCCACAGGCGCCGCCGCUCUGGCUGCCUCAUCUCAGUUCCAGCAGAUGCCCAUGGCAAUGCCACCGUCGCACUUGGGCACAGCACAACAAGCACCCAGCAUAGCUCAGUUACCGUUCAACGACCCAUCAGUGAUGAUGGCAGCAAGGGCCAAUGCUGAUCUACAAGUGAACACGUACGGCAUUGGGGCGCAGGUGAACGAAGCACCGGUCUCCUCUAGCAUUCUGCGUGACUGGUUGGGAGUGACAGGCAAUCUCAAACCAGAGUUCUUUGACGAGCUGGAGCGGCAGCUAGACUUGUCCACGCUGACUGCGAAAGAUUUGGCGUAGAAGGACUGCUGCCUCUGUUCCUCCUGCAGCCGAAUAGGAGGUACACAUGUUGAGUUAACAGCACAGCUAGGUAGUUGGCCCAUCUUGAGGAUUUCCGUGCUGAGUACAUCUUGCACAGCAGUCGCUUUAGCCAUCACACUAGGACUGGCUUGCGCUAGCAGCCAUAGAAAACUUGAGUCUGAUACAAGAAUAGGAUGUUGUUGGUAGGACUUGUGUGUAGUGUGCGCUGCAGCACAAGUUUGAGAUGCCGGACGUUGCUAGCUCAUGCACUAUAACAAGAUUUGCCCACAUUCCUGUGUUUUUUUUACCCUCUAUUCUUUUUCUCUGACGCCGCUAUCCCUCCUUGAUGAUUCUAUGAAAGCCAGGCGUACACUUCGUCUAGAGUGACAAGAGUUUGGUUAAUUAGAAUAUUUUGGCUUUGAGCCAGCCGAGACUUGAAGUAGAUGAUUUACAUUUGCCGCUUGCUUUGCUGCACGCUUUGCCCUGCAGUCUAUGGCCGAGGUGUUCAACAGCGUGCAUAGCCCUGGUUCUGCCUAGUCCAUAGCUUUCUUAGCACAUUAUGACUAUUUCCGAUAUGCGUGCUGUUUUAUUUUGUUUUGUUUUUACUAACUUUUUAGCCAUCAGCGCUGGUUGUGGUAAUGCUGCCGGUGCUUCAGAGAAUAAAAAAGUAUUCAUACACGGUUCAUACGAAUAACACUGCUUUCAACCCACGGGUUGUCUACAUCACUAAACUGCUGUUUACAGCAAAAACAA